AUGGAGAACACGGCGACUUUGUCCCGCUUUAGGGGCGUGCGCGCUCUGAGGCAACCCAUCGAACAAGACCCUCGUGACGUUCGAGACGACCCUGAUCGCACUUUGAAGUUGUGUCGCUAUGUGAACUACGUCAACCCGAGAGCGUUCCCGGUCUUCGAAUCCCGUCCGUACAACCCAGCGCCCAUGCCUGACGGACGCUCACUCCUCCUUGAGCUGCCUGGAGAGAUUCGCAACCUUGUCUACGAGCUGGUUGCCACGUCCGGUGCUGAAGUCCACACUAAGAGGUUCAGAUCGAUCAUGAGCAGAUCCCGGCUCGUCGGCGUCAACCGACAGAUCCGUCAAGAAUACCGCAGUCUCUUGACCAUGGUCACUUCACCUAUAAUUUUCAAGGUCGUUGAUUUUAAUUUCGAUCACGCUGUUAGAUUUCUCAACGGUCUAUCGGAUAUCGAUCUGAAGGCUCUGCCAAAGAUCCAUACACGAUCUCAGCGAGAAGUCCGCAUCUUCCUCACAGUCACCAGAAGAUGUUCCAAGAACGCACACGAGCUGCACUUCUGGCUGAACCGGGCAGGUCAUGAUGGAGAGAAAGGCUACAACGUCAAGGUCAAGUACACGAUGAAUUUCUUCGACAGGCCCGAUGACGACCAUCCGCUACCACAGGGGCUUCGUCACGCUGAAUCACAGCAGGAAGCUCACCGCGUGCUCGUAGGGCUGCAGACCGGAAGUCUACGUCAACUCGAUUCAGACCGAGCUCGCGAGGAGGCGAUCAGGAUUAAGAAGGCUUUGGCCAGAAACAUAUUUCCCCUUCUUCGUCACAGGUACGCCGACGACGAUUAG